CCCUUUAUCUGCCUCUCUCUGCGUCUGCCCACUCCAAUUCUCUCUCUCUCUCUCUCUAACCCUAACCAGAGCAACGAUGGCUGUUGAGGGUUUGGUUCUUCGCGGCACCAUGAGGGCCCAUACUGAUCAGGUCACCGCCAUCGCCACCCCUAUCGACAACUCCGAUAUGAUCGUCACCUCCUCCCGUGACAAAUCCAUCAUCCUCUGGCAUCUCACCAAGGAGGAGAAAACCUACGGUGUUCCCCGCCGUCGCCUCACCGGCCAUUCCCACUUUGUGCAGGACGUCGUUCUCUCUUCCGAUGGUCAGUUUGCCCUUUCUGGCUCGUGGGACGGUGAGCUACGCCUUUGGGAUCUUGCAACUGGUGUCUCUGCUCGGCGAUUUGUUGGGCAUACUAAGGACGUGCUUUCUGUUGCUUUCUCAAUUGAUAACCGUCAGAUCGUGUCAGCAUCUCGUGACCGUACGAUUAAGCUUUGGAAUACUCUUGGAGAGUGUAAGUAUACAAUUCAGGAUGGUGAUGCUCAUACUGAUUGGGUAAGCUGCGUCCGCUUCAGCCCCAGUACGCAUCAGCCAACCAUUGUUUCUGCUUCCUGGGACCGAACUGUGAAGGUGUGGAAUUUGACCAAUUGUAAGCUUAGGUGCACUUUGGCUGGUCAUGGUGGUUAUGUGAACACCGUGGCUGUGUCACCUGAUGGUUCCUUGUGCGCGAGCGGAGGGAAAGAUGGAGUCAUUCUGCUGUGGGAUUUGGCAGAGGGGAAGAGACUUUAUAGCUUGGAUGCAGGUGCAGUAAUUAAUGCUUUGUGUUUCAGUCCCAAUAGGUAUUGGCUUUGCGCAGCCACAGAACAUAGUAUUAAGAUCUGGGAUUUGGAGAGCAAAAGCAUUGUAGAGGAUUUGAAGGUCGAUCUCAAGGCCGAGGCUGAGAAAUCUGAAGGCAGUACCGCUACUGGUACCAGUGCCAAAAAGAAGAACAUCUACUGCACAAGCUUGAAUUGGAGUGCAGAUGGAAGCACUUUGUUCAGUGGUUAUACAGAUGGUGUUAUCAGAGUCUGGGGGAUCGGACGCUAUUAAGAAAGCAUUGAGUUGAGUAGUGCAGAUUUCUUUUUUUUUUUUUUAUUCCUAAACAAAUGCUUUUCUUGAAAACCUAUUUAAGAUUUUGUUGGAAGUUUUGGAUCUUUGGCUGUCUCUUCAAGUUCUAUAUUAUAUAUUGGCUUUGAGGCCUCUGUUGUUUU